CAUAGAAAUGUGGGAACACCUAAUUCCUAACGAUCCCUCAUAUGAAAGACACAUGUCAAAGGUUGUUCACUCCUCUUGUUACACCACCGCUCAUGUCUAGUCUCCACUCCUCAAAUAACACACAAUCUCUCUCUCUUUCUAAUCUCAUCAAGCUCAAAUAUACUGCAACAAAAAUGGAGUUUGAAGAAGAAGAAGAAAAAGGAGUGUUAGAAAAAAUGAUAGUAGUAACAAAUUGGGUUCCAAAACUAGUAGAAACACAAGUAGACUUUUUAGCCACCACUUUCACCUCCAUCCUCACCACUUUCCCUACUCCCUCAUUUUCUAUCUCCUCCACCAACUCUACCCAUUACUAUCAUCCUCAUGCUGGUGGUGGUGGUGGUGGUGGUGGUGCUGAUAUCGAUGCGAAUGCGGAUGAUCAUCAUCAGAGUCGUCAAACUGAAGCUCAGAAGGUGGUUAGGAAGGUUGGAUAUGGUGUAUUGGGUGCAGUGUAUGCUGGUAUAGUGCUGAGUAUGUUGAUGAUGUUGGCUGUUGUUUUAGGGGUGGUGUUGGUUAAUUAUUGGGUGGAAUAUCCUGUGUUUGUUAGAGAGAAGCUGCAUUUUGAUUAUACUGAUGUUCACCCUCAAGCUGUGUUUGUGUUUGGAGGGAAGAGUAAGAGUAGUAGUGCUGGAUGUGGUGUUCCUGUUGGUCAUACUUUUCAUGUCUCUCUUGUCUUGUUGCUUCCUGAUUCUGAUUACAACCGUGAUAUUGGUGUUUUUCAGCUAAUGGCAGAAGUUGUGUCAACCAACGGGAGACUAAUAGCGAGGUCGAGCCAACCAUCGAUGCUACAAUUCCAUAGCCAUCCUAUUAGACUAAUGCGCACCUUGAUAAUGGGAAUCCCUAUACUACUGGGAAUCUCUCGAGAGACUCAGACGAUCAAGGUACAAAUGCUCCAGUACAAGGAGGACAGCCUUAUGAGAACAGAAGCAGUCAAGAUUACAUUGAUGCCUCGAGCAGGGACACCCUACUUACCUCAAAUCUACGAGGCCGAGAUCCUAAUGCAUUCCAAGCUACCUAGGGUGAAAGAGUUGGUCCAUAAUUGGAAAUGGACUUUCUAUGUGUGGACUUCAUUGUAUGUCUAUGCCGUGCUUCUUAUGUUCGUUCUCUGCUUCUUUAGAAACCUAUUGGUUUUCCCGAUACCAAAGGCAAGUGACCGGUAUGAGGGACGAGAACAAGAGGCUAUUACGAGAGAACGGAAACCGGAAAGAAGAGUAUCCGAGGGAAGGGAAUUCUCGGAAACACUUAGGAAAUGGCAGCAAUAUAGGAGGAAGAGGAAAGCUGCGCUUUUGAGUAUGAGUACUACUUUCACAGAGAAUGUUGGUUCGACAUCGGCUUCGAGUUAUACUAUAACUAAAGAUGACAUUGAUCCUUACAUGGAAGAAGAUAUUGGUGAUUCGGAAUCGGUUUGUAUGGGAAGUUAGAACAAUGCAGCUUAGCUAUAUGUUACACUGAAACUCUAGAUGAUCCGGACUCAGAUGGGUAUUGUUGCUUCCACCAAAUGUGAUUAUAGUACAUGAUUACAUCAUUACAUGAAUGUAAUAAUGUAGCCAUGAACUUAUGGUUAAUUUUGUAGGGCAGAAGUAGAGUAAUACAAGGCCCACCUAAUAACAAGGAAACAACUCAACAAAUGGGAAGUUGGUUAGUGAUGAACGGGUAACAAAUUUGCUCCUCCGAUGUAGAUGGAGAUCUGAACUUCAGUUUUUAUUUUUUUGUUGUUCUAGACUUCUAGAUGUAAUUGUUAAAUUUGUUGUUUUAAAGUUGAUUUUAUGUAGGAGAUAAGACAAUUCCGUGAUAUGAAAAUUGCUGGAAUAUUGUUAUUGAUCAA